AAAAGUUUCAGCCGAAGUCAUCACUGCGCCUCGCCGUCCCCCUCCACUCGCUCCCAAAACCUACCGGCGGCAGAGAAAAUGCCGCGGCUGACGCCGGCGGACGCGUCCCUCAUCCUCGACCACGUCGUGGGGGACGCCUGCAUCCCCACCGCCACCGCCAGCGCGCUCCUCGGGGGGCUCCCCUUCCCCGACCACCCCACGCCGCGGCUCCUCCGGUCGCUGCUCCUCCGUCGCCUCGCUGCCGACCCCGUCUCCGCCGCCGCGCUCGACUCCCUCGAGCUACUCUCCUCCCUCCUUGACUCGGACCCCGCGACCCCCGUCUCCGCCGCGCACAUCGCCGUCGCCGCCUUCCUCGCCGCCUCGGCGCCCGACUUCGACGCCGCCGCGCGGGCCCUCUUCGCGCGCCCCGACGGCCGCGCGCGCCGCGCGGUGGACGAGGAGGCGGGCGGGGAUCCCGCGCUCGCCUCCUCCGAGGCCCUCGCCGUCGCGGACCAGUUCGAGGCCGCCGUCGGGAACGCCUUCUCGCAGGAAGCGCUGAAGGGUCUGUUUGGCGACCGGGCCAAGGCGGAGCGGCGAGUGAGGGACCUCCUGGCGGCCGAGUGGGCCGCGAUCGGUCCGUCUCGCCUGGAGCUGGCGGCCGAGCAGAUCGCUGGCGACGGCGCCGUCGAGACGUGGCGCGCCGCUGACGAGACCGUCCGCGCCAAGUACCGCAUUCUAGUUGGGGAAGAAAAAGCACGUGAAAUAUUGAGCAGAAUUGAAGAUCCAAUUUCGUCCCCUCAAGUUCAUAAGGUCAUACACGACCUCAAAUCAAGCUGUGCUGACCUUCAUAAUGUGGUGGAUGAUCCAUUACCAGCCGCAAAAGCAGCUGCAGAUAAGGUGUUGGCUGCAAGGAUGGAUAAUGCAGUUAAUAUUAAUGCUGAAGUUAACAAUCAGGCUGCGAAUUGUAGCAUUGCUGGUUCAAGCGCUGUUAAUGACCAAGGCGAGACAUUGAGAAAAGGCAUGCCAUCAAGUCUUAUGGAUUGGAACCCUACAGCACAAUCUCUUCUGUGGGAGGACUCGAUUGAUUCUGAUGGCUCAAGAUCACAAUUACACAGACCGCACUUGCCUAGCCCAAGGAGAAUACCGGUUUCUCCUUUGCAAGUGGCAGAAAACAAAUCUAUGCGUAGAAGGGCAAGGAGGUGGAGCUCGGUUGAAGAAGAAGCAUUAAAAGAUGGCGUUGAACAAUUUGGUAGCGGCAAUUGGAAGGAUAUUUUGAGCCACAAUGCCGAUGUCUUUAUUGGUAGAACACCGGUGGACUUGAAGGAUAAGUGGAGAAACAUGAUGAGAUAGUGGAGAGGCGUACUUUAGGGUGGUUCUAGAUUCUAGAUGGUGAAACUGCAAUGUCUCUUUUACCGAUGGAGUAGCUUGGGUGGAUGCAGCUUGUUAGCAUUUUGUUACAUAUCUUAGACGCUUACUAGCGUGCAAACUAUGCUGGAUGCUACUAUAAGAUGUAAAGUCUCCCAUCGGUAAUUUAAGAAUUGCUUGUUUUCUU